CGAAACUAGAGCAUCAAUCGGCACUGAAGGCGAGGAAAAAAAAAAAGAAAGAAACGGAGCAAACAUCGGAUCGCCGUCGCCGAUCGCGACACUGUCCGCCCGUCACUGUGUACCGCCGGACGGACAUGCAAUUUACAGACUGUGGUGCAGUGUGAGUGAGGCUUUGUUACCAUGACGACCCACGUGACCCUGGAGGAUGCCCUGUCCAAUGUGGACCUGCUGGAGGAACUGCCCCUCCCAGACCAGCAGCCAUGCAUCGAACCCCCUCCCUCCUCUAUUAUGUACCAGGCCAAUUUUGACACCAAUUUUGAAGACAGGAAUGCGUUUGUGACUGGUAUAGCCCGUUAUAUAGAGCAAGCUACAGUCCACUCCAGCAUGAAUGAGAUGCUGGAGGAAGGACAUGAGUAUGCUGUGAUGCUUUACACCUGGAGAAGCUGCUCCAGAGCCAUUCCCCAGGUGAAAUGCAACGAACAGCCCAACAGAGUGGAGAUCUAUGAGAAAACUGUUGAGGUGUUAGAACCUGAAGUGACCAAGCUCAUGAAAUUCAUGUACUUCCAGCGAAAAGCUAUCGAACGAUUCUGCAGUGAAGUGAAGCGUCUGUGCCACGCAGAGAGAAGGAAAGACUUUGUGUCUGAGGCCUAUCUGCUCACUCUGGGCAAAUUCAUCAACAUGUUUGCUGUACUGGAUGAACUGAAGAACAUGAAGUGUAGUGUCAAAAAUGAUCACUCUGCCUAUAAAAGGGCAGCUCAGUUCUUGAGGAAGAUGGCCGACCCUCAGUCCAUCCAGGAGUCCCAGAAUCUCUCCAUGUUUUUAGCCAACCACAACAGGAUCACUCAGUGCCUGCACCAACAGUUGGAGGUGAUUCCUGGGUACGAGGAACUUUUGGCAGACAUCGUAAACAUCUGUGUCGACUAUUACGAAAACAAGAUGUAUUUGACACCCAGCGAGAAGCACAUGCUGCUUAAGGUGAUGGGGUUUGGUCUGUACCUGAUGGAUGGGAACGUGAGUAAUAUCUACAAACUAGAUGCCAAAAAGAGGAUCAACCUGAGCAAGAUUGACAAGUUCUUCAAACUUCAAGUGGUACCACUAUUUGGAGACAUGCAGAUUGAGUUGUCACGCUACAUUGAGACAAGCGCUCACUAUGAAGAAAAUAAGUCCAAGUGGACGUGCACCCAGAGCAGCAUCUCACCGCAAUACAACCUAUGUGAGCAGAUGGUGCAGAUCAGGGAGGACCACAUCCGUUUCAUCUCUGAGCUGGCACGCUACAGCAACAGCGAGGUGGUGACGGGCUCGGGCCUGGACAGCCAGAAGUCAGACGAGGAGUACAGAGAGCUUUUUGACCUGGCGCUGAGGGGUCUGCAGCUGUUGUCCAAGUGGAGCACGCACGUCAUGGAAGUUUACUCAUGGAAGCUGGUACAUCCUACAGAUAAAUUCUGUAACAAGGACUGUCCAGGCACAGCGGAGGAGUAUGAACGGGCCACGCGUUACAAUUACACCAGUGAGGAGAAGUUUGCCCUGGUGGAGGUCAUUGCCAUGAUCAAAGGGCUGCAGGUUCUGAUGGGCCGAAUGGAGUCAGUGUUUAACCAGGCCAUCAGGAAUACCAUCUACGCAGCGCUGCAAGACUUCGCCCAGAUGACCCUUAGGGAGCCUCUGCGCCAGGCUGUACGCAAGAAGAAGAACGUCCUCAUUAGUGUUCUCCAGGCCAUUCGAAAGACCGUCUGUGACUGGGAGGGGGCAAGAGAACCUCCAAAUGACCCUUGUCUGAGGGGGGAGAAGGACCCUAAAGGUGGUUUUGAUAUCAAGGUGCCCCGCAGAGCUGUAGGGCCCUCCAGCACACAGCUGUACAUGGUGCGCACCAUGCUGGAGUCAUUGAUAGCAGACAAGAGUGGCUCUAAGAAGACCCUACGCAGCAGUCUGGAUGGACCCAUAGUGGUGGCCAUAGAAGACUUCCACAAACAAUCCUUCUUCUUCACACACCUGCUCAACUUCAGCGAGGCCCUGCAGCAGUGCUGUGACCUGUCCCAGCUGUGGUUUAGAGAGUUCUUCCUGGAGCUGACCAUGGGUCGCAGAAUCCAGUUCCCCAUCGAGAUGUCCAUGCCCUGGAUACUCACCGACCACAUCCUGGAGACCAAAGAGCCCUCCAUGAUGGAGUAUGUGCUGUAUCCUCUGGACUUGUACAAUGACAGUGGCUACUACGCUCUCACCAAGUUCAAGAAACAGUUCCUCUAUGAUGAGAUCGAGGCUGAGGUAAACCUCUGCUUUGAUCAGUUUGUCUACAAGCUAGCAGAUCAGAUAUUUGCCUACUACAAAGCAAUGGCUGGAAGUGUCCUCCUAGAUAAGCGCUUCAGAGCAGAGUGUAAAAACUAUGGCGUGAUCAUUCCAUACCCUCCAUCAAACCGCUACGAGACACUGCUCAAACAGAGACAUGUACAGCUUCUAGGUCGCUCUAUUGACCUGAACCGUCUGAUCACCCAGAGGAUCUCUGCAGCCAUGUACAAGUCUCUGGACCACGCCAUCAGCCGCUUUGAGAGUGAGGACCUCACCUCUAUAGUGGAGUUAGAGUGGCUGCUGGAGAUCAACAGACUCACCCACCGGCUCCUGUCCAAGCACAUGACACUGGACAGCUUUGACGCCAUGUUCCGCGAAGCCAAUCACAACGUUUCGGCUCCCUAUGGAAGAAUCACGCUCCAUGUCUUCUGGGAGCUCAACUUUGAUUUCCUCCCCAACUACUGCUACAACGGGUCCACAAACCGCUUUGUACGUACAGCCAUUCCUUUCACCCAGGAGCCUCAAAGAGACAAGCCAGCCAAUGUGCAGCCUUACUACCUGUAUGGGUCCAAGCCUCUGAACAUCGCCUACUCCCACAUAUACAGCUCCUACAGAAACUUUGUCGGUCCACCUCACUUCAAGACCAUCUGUCGUCUCCUUGGUUACCAGGGCAUUGCUGUAGUGAUGGAGGAGCUGCUCAAGAUUGUCAAGAGUCUGUUACAGGGCACCAUACUGCAGUAUGUUAAAACACUGAUAGAAGUCAUGCCCAAAAUCUGCCGCCUACCGCGCCAUGAGUACGGCUCCCCAGGUAUCCUGGAGUUCUUCCACCAUCAGCUCAAGGAUAUCAUUGAGUAUGCAGAGCUGAAGACAGAUGUCUUCCAGAGUUUAAGGGAGGUGGGAAACGCUAUCCUCUUCUGCCUGCUCAUCGAGCAAGCUCUGUCACAGGAGGAAGUGUGUGACCUGCUCCAUGCCGCCCCCUUCCAGAACAUUCUGCCCAGAGUCUACAUCAAAGAGGGAGAGCGUCUGGAGGUGAGGAUGAAAAGGCUGGAAGCAAAGUACGCCCCUCUCCACCUUGUGCCUCUAAUUGAGAGGUUGGGAACCCCACAGCAAAUUGCCAUUGCCCGUGAGGGGGACCUGCUGACCAAAGAGCGUCUGUGCUGCGGCCUUUCCAUGUUUGAGGUCAUCCUGACGCGCAUCCGCAGUUUCCUGCAGGACGGUGUGUGGCGCGGACCUCCGCCCACCAACGGUGUGAUGCAUGUUGAUGAGUGUAUGGAGUUCCACCGCCUGUGGAGCGCCAUGCAGUUUGUCUACUGCAUCCCUGUGGGCACACACGAGUUCACAGCAGAGCAGUGCUUUGGUGACGGGCUGAACUGGGCUGGCUGUGCCAUCAUUGUGCUGCUGGGACAGCAGCGUCGUUUCGACCUUUUUGACUUCUGCUACCACCUGCUCAAAGUCCAAAGACAGGAUGGCAAAGACGAGAUCAUCAAAAAUGUGCCCCUGAAAAAGAUGGCUGACCGCAUUAGGAAGUACCAGAUCCUCAACAACGAGAUCUUUGCCAUCCUCAACAAGUACAUGAAGGCCGUGGAGACGGACAGUUCCACCGUGGAGCAUGUUCGCUGUUUCCAGCCUCCUAUACACCAAUCCCUGGCUACCACCUGUUGAAAAAGACCCUUCACAUAUAGUGCACACACACACACAAACACACACACAUUCCCCAUAGCUGUGAUACUAAUUCUGGCCUCUUGCUGGUCUUAUAGAGGUAAAGAUUACUAUGAUGGCUCCUCAGUUGGUAUAAGAAUCUAAAGACAAAUCCUCUCAAACUAUUCCUUUAUCUGUCUUUGAAUUGUUGAAGCAGAGUGGACCAGACCAGAGGUGGAAUUGUAUAUUCACACCUUUUUCUUUUUAUUUGACUAUCUGUGUGGCUCAUACCCAGACUCAUGCAUGCCUUCUCUUACUCCUUCAACUGCACACCUGUGGAUUGGAUUACUGAUACAAGGCCAAAAGAUUGUCUCGAUCCUAUAAACUGAAGCCCUAUUUGGAGACACAGCUAGUCAGAGGCAUGAACGCCUGCAAUCAAAUGCUGUGACAAAAUCUAACAAAGAAAUUAAAUGAAAUACUGAAUCCCUAAAUAAUGAAACAAUAAAUAACUAAUUUUUUAGGUUGCAUAACUUGGUGCUCUAAGUGCUAUUACAGCUACUAACCGUACUAGCAUUGGACACCAGUCCUCUACUAUGGCUUGAACCUGUUUAUCGUGAUACAUUUAUAUCUCUUCACUCAUUUGUGUAAUAAUCUGGUCUGCCAAUGUUCACGAUACACACAUUUGAGUAUGUCUUCAUUACUUCCUCACUUCUUCUACGACCGCUUGCUUUCAAAGGAAUGAUGGUACAUUGCUGUUUUGAUUUGCUUUUAUUUACCUCCCCACAACACACAUACACACACACACACACAUCCGGUUUUCUUUCCUCCUCCUGAUGCAUUUUUAUUGGGUACCAGUUCCACUGUAAAUUUCACUGUUGAACUAAGUGAAGUGUUGAGUGUUGUAAUUGUUCUUGUUUUUAAUUAUUAAUAUUUUAAUUUACACAUCCUUGGUAUACUUGCCUCUUCUGCUGACUGGAAACCUCAUCAACAGUUUUUUUUUUUCUCUCUCUUUUUGUCUGUUGGAAAGAUUUUUAUAUUCUGUACAUGAAUACAGUGAUAUUAUUUACAAUUUGGAAAAGACACAUGUUCUUCAUUUGGGUAAAUGUGUUUGCUUUUUUCAGAGUUGAAAAGAAAAAAAACACGACAAAAAAUAUAAAAGAAACAAGAUUUAAAAAAUACCUUUUAGGUUGUAUGAAGACAGUGCUGUACUAGAUUAACCUGUUUUGAGUGUGAAUGGAUGAUGUUGGUCUGGCAGACCUAUGAAAUACUCUGCACAUAAAGGAAAAAAAUCAUGACUAAAGUGUCAGUUAUAAUUAAAGGGCAGUUUCCUAAGUAUAGUCAGUAUUUACUAUUGUUGGACUUUUGCUUUAGAUUUAGCAGUGUUAUCAAAAUAUGCAAAAUUGUCCCUAUUUUUUUCAUAUGAAGGAAAACAAAUGACUUAUUAAGCAGUAACCCUCCUCAAACAGCCCUGUGGUCUUUUUCUGCUCUGUUUUGAAUGAACAAACUUUCUUUUGUAAUUCUAGUGUCUUUUUAUCAUAUUUAUUCAACUCCAACUUAUUGUUCAUUUAAAGGUUAAUCUAGUAAAAAUGAAGGUACCAAUGUAUCAUCUCGAAACCUAAGCAUGGCAAGUGUAAUUUAUUGUCAUCAAUGGCUCCAUUUGUGACAUGAGGCUUUGUUUAUGAUAUUGUUGUACAAGUGACCAUGUUUUGAAGUACAAAAAAUGGAGAAAAGAAUAUAAAAUGUACAACAAUCGUCCUGCAAAGGAUUUGAAAUUAUGUUGUA